GCCAAAAAUAGUUCGAGAGCGCACUCAUGAUCUGACAAGCAGUCAGCUCGAAGGCAGCAGUGAGACUCACCAAUCAUGAUGUAAACGAGCGCCAUCCAAUCGCUGUCGCCUGAAGUCCGCAGCGGACGUUGGGGAACCGAUAGCUGACCAAGAACGGGUUGAUCACGUCACUUCUGGAGUUGUGGUCGAUUGACAUCUCGGGAAAGCCAUCUUAGUCGUUCGGAACGGAGAUGCCUGUCGGUCGCGUCGCGGUUCCGAGUGUUUAUGUUUGAGGGUCUUGUUGACGAGGAAUUCAAGAUCAGAUUGUUUCCUCCAUUGCGCUCUCUAAUUCUCAUUUUCUGCCCAUUGUCAUCUUCGAGACUUCGAAAUAAUCGAACACCGCAACAAUGUCUGACAACUUCAUCGUCAAGGGCGUGGCAGGCACCUGCAUCACGUUCUCCUUCAUCCUCGCUGGAAAUGCGAUCACACAGUCUUUCAUGACAGUCCCAGCGCUUCUCGUCAACUUCCCACCCCCAAGCUCGCCCGAGCACAAGGAGCGUGCACGUCUUCUCGGCCGCCAAUGGCCUCUUUGCUGGACAGUCGGCAAUCAAUUCUUCCGCCCAAUCUCCGCCCUUGGCUUUUUGGGCUAUGCAUACGCAGGAUACGCUACGUACAAGCAGGGCAUCCUCGCUCGUAACGACUGGAAGUUGUUCGCCGUCGCAGCUGCCAUGCACCUGAUGACCAUUGUUCAUUCUGCGAAGAAUAUGCAGCCUCUGAACGACAAGCUCGAGGCUCUUGCUGGACGUGCGAGCGACACGGAAUUGAAGGAGGCAGAGACUGUUGCAAAGAAGUGGGCGAGUUGGAACAGGCUGAGGCUUGUUACACCGGUGAUUGCUGGCAGCUUGGCUCUGUACCAGUUGCUUGCCUAA